AUGGUCUUCUUGUUGAUUUUAGCGUUGCUAUCAAUAGUAAUAAUAACUUUUAUUGGCCCCAUCGUCGUUCCACCGUUCAGUUUUCCACGGAACAUACCAACCAUCCCUUUUUACGUUUCGUUUCUUGGGUUGGAUCAGUUACAGCUAUAUGAGAAGUACUUGAGAGAAAAGUUGGAAAAGUACGGUGCUGUAAAGAUUUACUUUGCUUCAAGGUGGAAUAUUUUGGUGAGCAAACCUGAGUACUUGGUUCACAUUUUCAAAAACGAAGAUAUCUUUGCAAAAAGUGGCAAUCAUAUCAAAAUUCCAAAGUCUGUACUUGCUACGUAUACCGGUGAUAAUAUAAUUUCGGCUCAUGGGGAUCUUUGGCGGUUAUACAGAGACGUAGUUGCGCAGAGUAUUCAGUUUCCAGACCUUGUUCCAAUUGAAAAAAACACAAGGGAUUUUCUUAAACUGCUUGAGAAGGAAUUGCAAAAGGGUCCGUCAAUUUUUGUCAAUGACCUUUUACAGCUUUACUCCCUUGCUAACGUGGGAGAUUGUAUUGUGGGAGCUAAUCUCACCCCAAUGCAUCAAAAGAUCAAAUACAUCAAGCUGCAAAUUUUUAAGCCAUUUUUCAUGAAUUUCCCUUCGGUUGAAAUGUUUCCUAUUCCGAGCCGUAUCAAAGCUAAAAAGGAGGUUGAAGCAUUUCGCAGUUGGUAUGGAGAAAAAAUCAAAAACUCUACUCGAGGUGCAGCUGCCAACUUGUCAGCAGCAUUAAGCAAUGGAAAGCUAACUCAAAAGCAAUACUUGGAUAACUCGAUAAUUCUUAUGGUUGCAGGACAUGAGAAUCCAUUGCUAUUAAUGCUUUCCUUAUUGUACGUACUAGCCAAGAACUCUUGUAUACAGGAGAAGGUACGCAAAGAAGGCGAUCCAUAUUUAUCUGCAGUGGUUUAUGAAACUUUGAGAAUGUAUCCUCCGUUGAAUCAGAUUAUCAAUAGGUGCACGACACAAGCUACGAUUUUGGGAAACAUUUACAUUCCGAAAGGAGUUUAUGUCGGUUACUACAAUAUGGGAACUGGAAGGGAUGCAAAUUUUUGGGAAUCUGCAAACGAAUUUAAGCCAGAAAGAUGGGGUUCCACAAGUGAAGAAAUUAGUGCAAACUAUUCGAAAGCUAAACGGAUGGGAACAUUGCCUGCAUUUCACGGGCGUAAGAGGGCUUGCCUUGGUGAGAAGUUUGCAUUGUAUGAAUGCAAAAUGUUUGUUCAAGCUGUUUUAGGAAAGUACAAGAUAUCGCUCGAUGAUACUUGGAAGGAAAGAAUAACACCAGCUGGCCCAAUCUGUCCAGUGAAUAUGAAGUUGCGAUUUAGCAAUUUAUAG